AAUUGGGAAAGGCCGAUGAAGAACGGGAUGGCUGAGUGCAGCGUGUGCCGUUCAAGGUUGGUUUCUCCCAGUAGCAAAGCUAUAGCGAGGGCUUAUGAGUAUGACAACCACAAGAUUAGAGUUUCCUCAAAACAAAAAGCCCUCAAUGUCUUUUUGGUAGUCGGUGACUGCAUGCUUGUUGGUUUACAGGCCAGGCAACAAAAAGUUGGAGAAAAGCCUCUAUUGUCCUUUUCCACAUUCGUCCAGGCAGCUCGGAACAAUGUGCUUCUCGCUGUUCCAGCAGGGUUGUAUGCCAUUAAUAACUACCUCAAGUUCACAAUGCAGUUAUAUUUCAAUCCUGCUACUGUGAAGAUGCUCAGCAAUCUAAAGGUUCUGGUGAUUGCUGUACUACUGAAGAUGAUAAUGAAGAGACGGUUUUCCAUCAUACAGUGGGAAGCACUUGCUCUGUUGCUGAUAGGGAUUAGUGUAAAUCAGCUGCGUUCUCUGCCAGAAGGUUCUACUACUAUUGCUGUACCAAUUGCUACGGGUGCAUACCUCUGUACCUUUAUCUUUAUUACUGUCCCAUCUUUGGCAUCUGUUUACAACGAGUAUGCUCUAAAGAGCCAGUAUGACACAAGCAUAUAUCUUCAGAACUUAUUUCUCUAUGGUUAUGGUGCAAUAUUCAACUUCCUCGGCAUCCUAGGAACUGUUAUAUAUAAAGGUCCUGGCAGUUUUGACAUCCUACAAGGACAUUCUAGGGCCACUGUGUUUCUGAUACUGAACAACGCAGCACAAGGGAUUCUAUCCUCCUUUUUCUUCAAAUAUGCAGAUACAAUAUUGAAGAAAUAUUCAUCCACGGUUGCCACAAUAUUUACUGGCAUAGCAUCUGCAGCACUCUUUGGACAUGUAUUAACCAUGAAUUUUCUUCUGGGGAUUUCAAUAGUUUUCAUUUCAAUGCACCAGUUCUUUUCACCCCUCGCAAAAGCCAAAGAUGAGCAACAGAACCAGAACGGGAAGCUAGAGUUAGUUAACACUAAGGACGAUCAUAGGGCUAAAGACUCAUUCAUUAACAUGGCAGCAGGAGCAAAUGAAGAGGCUAGUCACCGUGUUGUAUCAGAUGACAGAGAGCCACUACUUCCCAGAUAA